UCGUAGGCUCUCUCUCUCUCUCUCCGUCGCCUGAGUAAUCUCCUCCAAUUGCAAGGUUGAAAAGUUUGCUGGCUAGAAGUUUUGCUUAGCUGUCAAGAAAAUGGUUUCAUUCGAGGCGAGUGAUAUGAAAAAUUGCACGUGAAUCCCAACUUCCUUGUACAUUUUUCCUCUUCACAAUCAUUUGUGCUCCUUAUGCAUGACUUGGUCUUAUGAUUUGGGAAGAGAUUGGUUCGUAGUUAUCUUUCUUACAUGCUUACAUAUUGUAAUUGCAUUUAAAAAAGAAAAAAAGAAGAAGAUUAGGAAGGAAAGAAGAGAGAGCAAAUCCCAAAAGAGAUCGGGCUAGGAUUGACUGGCUUUGGCAUAAUAUUCACAUUCGUUGGAAUCUUACUCUUCUUUGACAAGGGAUUUCUUGCAAUGGGAAAUAUCCUCUUCUUGUCUGGAGUGACCUUAACCAUUGGCGUGAAGUCCACCCUGCAAUUCUUCAUGAAACGCCAGAACUUCAAGGGUUCAGUUUCAUUUGGUGUUGGUUUCUUCUUCGUCCUUAUUGGAUGGCCUAUGAUUGGCAUGAUUGUGGAGACAUAUGGUUUUAUCGUCCUUUUCAGCGGCUUCUGGCCAACACUGGCUGUUUUUCUGCAGAGGUUACCCCUUGUUGGUUGGGUGUUCCAACAACCAUUUGUGACAUCGUUCUUUGAGAGGAGCAGAGGCCGACGAGUCCCCGUGUGAGGAUCCUUAGCCAAACUAGAAGGAAAGAAUUUGGAGCGGACAAGUUCUGCUUGUAGAUAUGUCGAAGACAGAAACUCGAAGCAUCACUACACACUUGGUACAAAAGGGUUCUUCAGUUUAGCUAGUUAAUUGAUUGAUGAAAUGAGCUUUGAUAUGUACAACCCAUUCCCCGCACCCGUUCUAUUUUGUUGCUGGGUUUGUCAAUAUUGCUUUUACAGUCGAUAUCUAGUUGCAUAUUAGGCUGUUAAUGGAAUGGUUAAUUAACCAAUUCCCAAUCACAUCAUAUGAAUAUCCAAAUAAGAUACCUUCUUUUGUAGUUUGCAGUGAUUAUGAAACUGGCUAGUUGUAUUGGAUUUACCUAAAUUGUGGCAAUGUUGCAACCUAAUUGCAACAGGAGAGUGACAAAGAA